CACUAGCACUGUCUGCUUGGAGAUAUCUGCGCGAGGAGGAGGAGCGGUCAAAAGUUUCCCAGAGAAGGAAAAGUCUUUCACUUAACGAGAGAGAGAGAGAGAGAGAGAAAGAAAACAACCCUAAAGAUUUUGAAGUUUUGAUAAAGCGGAAUACCGCGUGUUGUCGGCAUGGAAUGACACCCCUCUCUCACCCAGGAGCUUCAAAAACCACGAUGGCAACCCGUUUUCUGAAGUGGAUCAGUCUCACCUCUGUGCUGUGCUGGGGCUGCUGUGUUCUGGCGGAAAAGAAAGUAUGCCAAGGCAUCACCAACCGUUUGAACCUCCUGGGUUCCAAAGAGGACCACUACCUGAACAUGGUGAAGACCUACAGCAACUGUACUGUGGUCCUUGAGAACCUGGAGAUCACCUACAUGGAGGAGGACCGUGACCUAUCCUUCCUCAGGUCUAUUGAAGAAGUGGGUGGCUAUGUGCUGAUUGCACUCAACAUGGUGCCCAGGAUUCCUCUGGAGAACCUGCGCAUCAUUCGUGGUCAUUCGCUCUAUGAAGGAAAGUUUGCUCUUGCUGUGAUUGCCAAUUUUAACAAAACUUCAGGUCAGGCCUCCAGAGAGCUUCUUCUGACUAGGCUCACAGAAAUUCUUAAAGGAGGUGUUAAGUUUUGGAACAACCGGCUGUGCAAUGUGGAAACCAUACAGUGGUAUGAUAUUGUCAAUGCUGAAAACAAUCCCAGCAUGGAGCUCCCAGUGGCCGGCAAAAAAAGGAAUCCAUUUUGUAAGCAAUGCGACUCAAGCUGCUUCAAUGGUUCAUGCUGGGCAUCUGGUGCUCAAAACUGUCAGACCUUAACAAAGCUGAACUGUGCAGAGCAGUGCUCUAAGAGAUGCAAUGGAAUAUCACCCAGCGACUGCUGUAAUGAGCACUGUGCUGCGGGCUGCACAGGACCGCGGGCCACCGACUGUCUGGUCUGUCGGGACUUCCAGGACGAAGGGGUGUGUAAGGACUCCUGCCCGGGCCUUAUGCGCUACGACCCCAACCUGCACCAGCUGGUACCCAACCCACAUGGAAAGUACAACUUCGGGGCCACCUGUGUCAAGACCUGCCCACAUAACUACAUUGUGACUGAUCAAGGAGCGUGUGUGCGGACAUGCAGUGGUAACACAUAUGAGGUGGACGAGGGAGGAAUCAGGAAGUGUGCCAAGUGUGAAGGACUAUGUCCAAAAGUGUGUGACGGACUUGGGACAGGACACCUGGCUAACACCCUGGCUGUCAAUGCCACCAAUAUUGACUCCUUUAAAAACUGCACAAACAUCCAUGGUAACAUUGCUAUCCUCCACCCAACAGUUCAUGGAGAUCCAUUCACCAAAACACCAAAGAUGCAUCAUUCCCAGCUUGAUGUGUUUAAGACAGUUAAAGAAAUUACUGGACACUUGUUGAUUCAAAUAUGGCCAGAGAACAUGAGCUCACUCAGUCCUUUUGAGAAUCUGGAGAUCAUUCGAGGACGAACUAAGCGUGGUAGCCGCAGUCUGAUUAUAAAUCAACUCAGUAUCGAUCACCUGGGCCUUCGGUCACUCAAAGAAAUCAGUGAUGGAGACGUGUUCAUCAUGAAGAACAAGAACCUAUGCUACACCAGCAAAAGCCACUGGACGAAGCUCUUUAAAUCAGAAAGCCAAAGUGCUACCAUAGAGGAAAAUGCUGAUGCUGACACAUGUGCUCUGAGGAACAACACAUGCGACAGGAAGUGUACCACGGACGGCUGCUGGGGCCCCGGCCCGGACAUGUGUUUUGCCUGCCGUGACUACAGCCGUGAUGGGAGCUGUGUUGACUCCUGCAACAUCCUGGAGGGAGAGCCGAGGGAGGCCAUCGUCAAUAAAACCUGCAUGGAGUGUCACCCCGAGUGUCAACGCGUGAAUGGGACUGCAACCUGCAGUGGGCCUGGUUCUGGAAACUGUACAAAGUGUGCCAACUUCCAGGAUGGACUGUUCUGUGUGUCUCGCUGUCCCCAAGGCAUGCCAGGGGAGGACGACAUGCUAGUGUGGAAAUAUGUGGAUGAGAAUAAAGUGUGCCAGCUAUGCCACGAAAACUGCACUCAGGGGUGCAAUGGGGCUGGUCUCCAAGGCUGCCAGAAUAAAAGCCCUUCUGGUCUUUCCAUGAUUGCGGCUGGUGUAGUUGGUGGACUGCUGGCUGUUCUUAUUGCGGCCCUGUCUGUCUUCGUGUUGCUACGCCGACGCCACAUCAAGAGGAAGAGAACCAUGCGCAGACUUCUCCAAGAGAGAGCGUUGGUUGAACCUUUGACUCCAAGUGGAGAGGCACCAAACCAGGCUCUGCUGCGGAUCCUGAAGGAGCCUGAAUUUAAGAAAAUCAAAGUGCUGGGAUCAGGAGCUUUUGGUACAGUUUACAAGGGCCUGUGGGUUCCAGAGGGAGAGGAUGUGAAGAUCCCAGUGGCCAUCAAGGUUUUGAGAGAGGCCACAUCACGAAAAGCAAACAAAGAGAUCUUGGACGAGGCUUAUGUGAUGGCCAGCGUGGAACACCCCCACGUGUGUCGUCUGCUUUGCAUCUGCCUGACUUCCACAGUGCAGCUCGUCACCCAGCUGAUGCCCUAUGGCUGCCUGCUGGACUAUGUCAAAGAGAACAAGGACAAUAUCGGCUCCCAGUACCUGCUUAACUGGUGUGUGCAGAUCGCCAAGGGUAUGAACUACCUGGAGGAGCGCCACUUGGUACACCGUGACUUGGCAGCGAGAAAUGUUCUGGUGAAGACUCCUCAACAUGUCAAGAUCACUGACUUUGGUCUGGCCAAACUCCUCAAUGCAGAUGAGAAAGAGUACCGUGCAGAUGGUGGAAAGGUACCAAUUAAAUGGAUGGCUCUUGAAUCCAUCCUGAACAGAACAUACACACACCAGAGUGAUGUAUGGAGUUAUGGUGUAACAGUCUGGGAGCUGAUGACAUUUGGGACCAAACCAUAUGAUGGGAUUCCAGCCAGUGAAAUAGCUGGGGUCCUGGAGAAAGGGGAGCGACUGCCUCAACCACCAAUCUGUACCAUAGAUGUCUACAUGAUUAUGGUGAAAUGUUGGAUGAUUGAUGCAGAUAGCAGACCUCGUUUCCGGGAACUAAUAGCUGAGUUUACAAAGAUGGCUCGCGAUCCUUCUCGUUAUCUGGUCAUUCAGGGUGAUGACUGCAUGCACCUGCCGAGUCCCACAGACACUAAAUUGUACCGCAGCCUCAUCAGCGGGGAGGACAUGGAGGACGCCGUGGAUGCAGACGAGUACCUGGUGCCACAACGUGGCUUCUUCAGCAGCCCGAGCACCUCCCACACCCCGCUGCUUCACUCCACAAGCUUCAACAGUAGCAUUGGAACAUGCCACAGCAGAAAUGGCUUAUUGAAUGGGCUCCCGAGCAGAGAUGGAAGUAUCGUUCUCCGGUAUAUUCCUGACCCCACAGACAAAUUUUUAGAUGAUGCCUUCCAGCCAGCUCCAGACUACAUGAACCACAACGGAGUCUCAGAUAUGAUGAAUCCCAUCUACCAGCACCCCGGUCCACCCCGCACCAUCCUCCCCACCAUCUCUUCAGAUGACACAGAGACUGAGUACCUGAACUGCUUUAAAAACGGGAACAGUGGACCUGAGUACCUCAACGACGUUCCAUCCCCCGCCAUCCCCCUGGGCAUUUCCAACGGCACGGUCCACAGCAUUCAGAAAUACCAGCCCCAGAAUAGCAUAGACAACCCUGAUUACCAACAGGAUUUCACUCCAACCUUCAAGACCCAUGCCAACGGACACAUCCCUGCGGCAGAGAACGCAGAGUACCUGGGCCCAGACUGAGGACAUAGUGGAUACAGACAAGAAAUAACAGACUGUUUUCUGAUCCAUUAAGAAAGGGCAUUGACGUCUUGGCUGGGAAAGCAUAGUUAAGUGGUACCAUCAAUUAUCCUAUAUAUGUUGUAUCCUGUCUUAACGAGUCAGGACGCACUCUGUACAGCUUCCUGUGUUGUUUGCAUGCAGUCAUACUUGUCACGCAAAACCCCUCUCAUUCCAAAGAGUUUUUUCUUACCACCAAACUCCAAAUGACUCUUUCAUGUUAAAAGCUGGACUGACACUGACUCGUACAUGACUCAGUUGAACUGAGAGUUGCUGGACCAGACACCUUCAUGUUGGAACCCCUGUCAGAAAGUGAAAGAAAAAUCUCAGAAGUGAAAAUCUCUCUACAAGUUGUGCACAACGGGGCUGCUAUUAAAUGUAAACGCCUCCAUCUUUUCAGGAGGCAGAAACUCUGUUGCACAGAACAGAAACUGGCAGCUCAACCCAAAACACAACCUAAGGUACACGUGUUGUAGAAUCACAAGUUAGACACACAAUUAGUCAACAGUAUUGACAUGUUGGAAAUUAAACACCCACUGGUGCUUUCGCUUGAUGCUGAAGCCUCGCAACAUUUCUCCAUGGUGUGGUCAAGAUGAUUUAAAGCGAGGUUUUAAAAGUAAAAUGAUGGCUUGACUGUUGGUGUCCUCUGUGGCCUGACGAAACUCAUCCUAAAGGAUGAGUCAAUGAGGAAACAAAAUGUUGCAAUGUGUAGAAUGUAUAGUCUGUUUAAAUGGGAAUACUGUUGAAUUGUAACAUUUGAAUAUGUUAACUUUAUGCUCUAAGACAGUUCUGUAUGUACUACAAACUGGUUGUGUUCUUUCUUGGAUUGAAAGAAGAAAGUUUCCUGUGUCCCCUGAUAUAUGGUAUCACACUAACUAUGUAGAGAAUGUAAUGGUAAAUAUAGCAAAUGUGAUUGUGGUUGUAUUCACACUGCUGUGCUUUGCGGUUGAAAGCCUGCAGCACUCUUGUAGCACCAAGCAUAUUUGUGUAGACCCACAAAGUUAGCUUAGCUCUGAGCUUUGUAUCAGCACGGUACUUUGUGUACCCAGGAAGCGUUUUCUGGCCCUUUUCUUACUGAUGACUUCCUGCAGACAGUAUCUUUUGUAACAAACUCUCUUUUACUGAUCAACAUGUUGACAUGGCAACAAAAAAAUCACCAGGAAAAACUGCUUUCAGAAUAGAAGAGAAAAAUGCUUGUUGAACUGUCUUAGGUCAUGUAAGUAACUUGUUUGAAUUUUUAGAUUGGAUGUAGUUUUCCCUGUAAACGUGAGUUGUUUUAUUUGAAUGGCUCUUUGUCGAGUCAGAAACUAGUAAUGUUUAUAGUCUAAUGUAUCUAUAUUAUCUACUUUUCCUUGUCUGAUUUAUUUCUAUUUUUUUAACUAAAGUUGUUUUACACACGGUGUUGACACCAUAUCUAUGAAUCUGCUCUUAGCUUUAAAGUCUUGUAGUCUUGCAAGAGCAUUAACUUUUCCAAUAUUAUUCCUAGUUUUAAAGGAAUAUACUAUUGUAGCAACCCAUAAGCCUACUUUUGCAGAUUUUACACAGGUACAUGUACAGAACAGCUGAUUAUGCUGCAAUAUACCCCAAAAUAGUCACCUAUAAUUUAUACUCAGUACACAGUUUUGUCACAUCAUACGUGAAUAUGCACUUAAUCCUGAAUUGUGAUGAUUUCAUUCAAAAGUGAACAUGAAUAAAUCUUUUCUAUGGAAA